AAAAGUCUAUCUACUGUUAUGAUACGUUAUAAUGGUAAAUAUAUAGGCUGUAGUCAGGUAUACCAGAGAAAAGCAAAUCAAAGCAAAACCCAUUUAAGCUACAGGCUGCCUCCUGAGAGCUGCUAAAAGCAAGAGAGGGGGGAAAAAAAACUUCUCUCACAAAAAGGAAUAUGUGAAAAAUGAGGGUUUUAUACUAAUAAUAAUUAUUUUGUGUAUAUAUAUUUGGGGAGUCCAGUUGCCUUUGCUCUAUAACCAUUUUCAGGCAGAAAGAGAGAGAGAUAGGGCAAGAGAGAAGCUAAGAAAGAAAGGGCUUGCUGUAGAGCCAGCCACCUAAUUUUCUGAAAAUUAAACCUCCUCUUCUUUCUUCCUGUUUCUUCUUGUUGAUCUCUUCAGCUUGUUAAGGAAAGAGGGAAGAUCAUCUCCAUGUCUAGCUGCAUAGAUAUGGUGCCUGAGCAACUCUGCUACAUCCCUUGCAACUUCUGCAAUAUUGUGCUCGCGGUGAGCGUUCCAUGCAGCAAUCUGCUGGACAUAGUCACCGUCCGAUGCGGGCACUGCACGAACCUCUGGUCGGUCAACAUGGCCGCUGCCUUCCAGUACUCUCUCUCUUCCUGGCACCACCACCACCAGGGAGGAAAUGGAUACCAGAACAACAAUGUUGCUAGUAACUUGAACUAUCACCAUGCUGCUGCUGGCUCCUCUUCAUCUUCCGCCAAAUCGAGCCCGGCCACGACCAAGCUGCCUGCAGCCCGAUCGUUGGCCGCGGCUAACCUAGCUGAAGAACGGAUCAUCAACCGACCUCCCGAGAAGAGGCAGCGAGUGCCUUCUGCGUACAACCAGUUCAUCAAGGAGGAGAUCCAGAGGAUCAAGGCUAAUAACCCGGACAUUAGUCACCGCGAGGCUUUCAGUACCGCCGCGAAAAAUUGGGCACACUUCCCACACAUCCACUUUGGGUUGAUGCUCGAGACUAACAAAAAGACGGCCUACUAAGCUCCGUCGAUCAUCAUCGUUAGACGACGUUCAUGUAAGUCUUAUAAGAUGGAGAGAUGUGACUAUCUAACUAGCUAGUAAACUGUACAUAUUUCGAUAAAUCGAACUAAUGUUGUAUUUUGUUGAUAUAUUUUAGGGUUGAGAGGAAGAUGGUGUAAUGUGAAGGGGUUUGCCACAAUUUGGAGGCUAAUGAGUGCUAAUUGAGGAGCGGGGGCUCGAUAUGGUUCCUGCAUGGAUGGUCUUGAUUUUUCCUCAGAUUAUGAAGUUGUAAUCCAUUUUUAAUUACCAAAAGCAUGUUUUAUUUUUUGUUGUUGUUGGUUUUUUGGCUUUCUUUGUUGGAAUAUGAUGAUGGAUUUUAAGGACAUAUACAUGGAGAAAACCUGUAUAUCUAUCUCGGCUGAGAUAGAUGUACACAUAUGCAAUGCUAUGUUCCUAUGAAAUACUUGAUGUUUUCGUUGUGGAUGCUCAUAAUAUUGAGAAUGCUCAUUGCAAUUCAAUAGGGGUCGUUUUG